AGAACAGACAGCGGACGGAACGAACACUUUAAAUUCUGUGAGAGAAGAAAACUAUCAAAUAGGGAUUAGGGAGUUUGGCGUGAUCUACAACAAACCUCAUCACACCACGAAAACAUCGCACAUGAUUUGAUCACAAACCUCUCUCCCCCGCCCUCUCCCUCCCCCAUCGUUUCUUCUUCUUCUUCUUCUCAACCAUCUCCCCCACUACUCGGCACUUUCUAUCUGGCUCGGAAACUGAUAGAAAAUGGCGGAAACUCCCAAGUUGUUGGACAUGGGGUCUGAUGCUCCCGGCUCAUCUUGCAAGGCCUGUGGAUCGGACGAAAUGGGUGCCCAGAAAAUCUGUGUUUUCGAUCAAACAAACGGCUUACACUGCUCUUGCAAAGCUUGCGAAUCGAACAAAAGGGGUGCCCAGAAAAUCUCUGUUUCUCACCAGCCAAACGGCUUGAACUUCACCAACUUCAAACCCGAUCCCUGCAUCGUGGACGUGGAAUGCUUGUCUCGUCUCCCCGAUCACGACGCAACUGCAAAUUCAAGAAUUACAUUGCAGAGGAGCCUUUCGAGAAAGCUGUCACAGCCGCCAGGCAGCGAAAAGGACGGCGGCGUUAUCCCUUCAUCGUCACCCAAAGAAAUUGCAGCCGCUGUAGGUGGGGCUAAGUCACCUGGAAACGACAUGCGGGCGACGGUGCGGACAGCAGAUCGUCCCAUGAACGCUCAGGUCCACCACCACAUCAUUAUCACCACCGGCAACGCCGGACCCAUCGCAGCCGAAAACCGACCCGGCACAGGCAGCAGCGCCAAGAAAUCCAGCUUCCGGCGUUCCCUCCCCUUCUGGGCCAUCCAUUUCAGGAGAAUCCCCCUUUACCUCGCCGCCUUGUCAAUCGCGGGAACUCUAGUACUGAUUUAUUUCACCCUUUCAGUGGCCAAACAUGGAGGAGACGACAGUGCCCUGAAUUGGUAGUGUUAAUCGGCGAGGACAAAACUCCAAAUCGAGGAUGGAAUAUUGGUUUCAAUGAUUACAGCGAAAGCAGUGCCCGAGGACAAAAGAUAUGCACUGGAAUAUAGAGACAGCACAAGCGAUCCAAAUUGGGUACACUGUGACUUUCUUCAGCCCACACGAUUUAGAGAAUAUUUUGUAUAUAUAGAUAAAAAUAAUUUAAGGAGAGAUACGAGGCGCAUAGCAGAGCGACAAAGAUAGAGAAUCUUAAAAAAUAUGAUAUUUAAACCAUCUUCCAUAGUUGGUAGCUCAACCAUCUUGUUUUGUGGCUAUUUUCACCUCAGAGAGUUGAUAUGUUAUCUGUAUUUUGGGGAUGUGGGCUGCACCACCCUCAAAGAUGUCCAUUCUCUCAAAUUAUUUACAUCGAACAAUUGUUAUAUUGUCUCACGUAGAUAAUAUAAUAAUUCUGUUUCAUCUUA